ACAACACAAACACAGAAAGAGAUUGAAAACUAACAAUACAACAGAAAUAUCAAGUCCAUGGCUUGCGUUGCUGUAACUUGUUUGAUGCGAACAAUAGAGCUUGAGUUCCUGCAAUCCAAUCCACGUCUGAUGUUCCAGGACACACAACAUAUCAAGUCUCUCCAUGAAAAGCUUGGCCUUUUGCUGAUGUUUCUUGAUGAAUCUGACAAGAAAGCCGACUAUAAUGAGGAGUUGAAUGAGGUGACAGCAAAAAUUAGACAAGUAGCAGUGCAAGCAGAAUAUGACAUUGAAGCAGAGCUAAUAGAGGAGAUUAUUCAUCAUCAGACAGUUGAUCAGACCUUAUGGCGCGUACUUGAAGACGUUGAACAGCUGAUAGAGAUGACUGAGAAUGCACACCAGAUUCAUCUUGCUAAAGAUUUGCAAAUUCUACAUCUAGAGAAUCCAUCAUCACCCUUGAAACGUACUCCAAAACAUGAGGACACAAUAAUGGUAGGACACGCUGAAGAAUUCGAGGAAUUUAAGGAUCAGCUCCUUCGGUCCUCGAAUGAACAACGACAAGUUAUGGCGCUUGUUGGCAUGGGAGGUAUUGGCAAGACAACAUUUGCAAGGAAAAUUUAUGAUGAGUCUGGUGUUAAGUCUUAUUUUGACUGUUGUGGUUGGGCAACCAUAUCUCAAGAUCUCAAUAAGAGGCAAGUGCUCCUUGAUCUUUGUCGUUCUGUCAUGCCAACACGCGAUGACCUUAACACUCAGAACGAUGAUCAGCUAGCCGAACAACUGCAGAAAAGUCUAAAGGGACGGAGAUAUCUCAUCGUCGUAGAUGACAUAUGGACCACUGGAGCCUGGGAUAAUGUCAAAAGAUGUUUUCCUGAGAGCAACACUAGCAGCCGAAUAUUAUUGACUACUAGACUCCGAGACGUAGCUAGCUAUGCUUGUUCCAGUAAGUCAUUUAAUUAUGAGAUGCGGUUCUUAAACUCUGAUGAAAGUUGGAAUUUAUUUUGUCAAAAGUUUUUGGUAAGAGAAAGUUUGAACAAAGAAUUUGAAACGAUGGGGAGGGAAAUUGUUGAGAGAUGUGGAGGAUUACCAAUUACAGUUGUGGUGCUAGCUGGACAUCUAUCCACUAACAUGGCAGUAGAUGAAUGGAGGAGUGUUAAAUCAAUGUUAAACUCAUUGGCGAAUUUAGAUCUGUCUCAACAAUUUUCCAGAAUACUGAGUUUGAGUUACAACAACUUGCCUUGCCAUUUGAAGAGUUGUUUUCUAUAUUUAGGAGGUUUUCCUGAAGAUAGUGAGAUCGAAAUUAAGAAAGUGGUUAGAUUAUGGAUUGCUGAGGGAUUCAUAAUAGAAGUGAGUGAAAAGACGCUAGAAGAAUCAGGUGAAGAAUAUUUGGAGGAUCUUAUGAAUAGAAGCCUGAUUAUGAAAAGUGGGAGAAGCACUAAUACUGGCAAAGUUGGAACAUGUAAGAUGCAUGAUCUAUUACAUGACCUGUGUGCAAGCAAGGCUAAAAAAGAGAAACUUCUGUGCACCAGAGAUGGCAGUGAACUUCAUCAUCAUCAUUAUCAUCAUCGUAACGUUGUUCAUUCUGAUGGAAAUCGUUGGUUAAGUCUUAAAAUAACAUCUCAACUAAAUCAUUUUAGCAUUGAUUUGGACAAAUCCCGCUCCAUUUUAUGCUUUGAUAUGCGUGAAUGGGGUGGUCCUGAUUCGUUUUUGUAUUCGCUAGCCAGUAGUGUUAGCAUGACAGCCAACUCUUUUAAGAUGCUAAGAGUGUUGGACUUAACUCUACUUGACUGCAAAGAAAUACCUUCAGAUAUUAAAGAAUUAGUUCUUCUUAGAUAUCUAGCUUUAGCCUCAAAUAGGCUUCUUACCUCCACCAUACCUUUGGGGAAGAAUCGGAAUCUGCAAACACUUAUUAUUUGUGAAGAUAUCAAUGGCUUCUGUCAGCUACCUCGCGGAAUAUGGGAGUUGCCACAAUUAAGGCACCUUCAGUUAUACCAUCAGCUAAUUCCAAUGUACACUCCAGAAGUGGCUCAACUAAAUCUGCAAACAAUGUACUGGUUGCAAUGCGUUCAGUGCACUAAGCAAGUGCUUUCGAGGAUUCCAAAUGUUAAGGAGUUGGGAAUAAUUGCCCAAGGAUGCAUAUCCCACCAUUGUUUAGAUGAUCUUAACUGCUUAAAUAAGCUGGAGAAGCUAAAAGUUCAGGGCACCUAUUGUCCCAUAAAACUACUGCGGCCUUAUACUACUUUUCCACAAAACCUCAAGGAGAUUACCUUUGCAAAAACUCUCAUGCCCUGGGAAGCUAUGGACGUUAUGAGUAUGCUGCCCAAGCUCAAGGUGCUAAAACUCAAGAAUCAUGCCUGUGUGGGACAAGACUGGAAACUAAGUGUAGAGAAGGGGUUCCCUGAGUUGAAGGUUUUGCUAAUUUCUGUUAUGGAUUUGAAGCAUUGGGAGCUGGGCGAUGAUGUUGAUGCUGAUGAUCAUCCUUUCCCAAAGCUUGAGCGCUUGGUAUUGAGAAAUUGCUUUGAGUUGAAAGAGAUGCCAAGUUGGAUUGAAAACAUUAGUAAUCUGAAGUCAAUUCGGUUAGAGCAUUGCCAUGCUUCCCUUGUGAGUUGUGCCAGGAUGAUUGAAAAAGAGCAGCGUGAGAACUACGGAGAAGAAUAUGGAUUUGAGAUUCUUGAAUUCCACACUACUCAAUCAGAUGAAGAUCAAGAUUCCAGUCUCCCUCUCUGUCACUCAUUUGCAGAAGAGAAUGAUGAAGAUAUAAAAACGAGUAGUGUGUUCUUUGAAGCAAGAAGUCUCUACAUCCCACACGCGAACAAUCCUGAGCAUUGGAUCUGGACUUGGGACUCCGGGCAUGAGGUUUGUGAACUUCUGAACGUUUGCUGGCUGGAGAUCAAAGGAAUGGUGGACACCAAGUGCUUACUUAAAAUGACUUGUUACUCCGCAUACCUUCUUUUCAAACUUAAAGAGAGGACACAAUGGGUUCAUACGGGACUUACCUCGGUGAGGUAUCUCAAGGAUAAGGGUAGCUAUAGUGAGAGUCGACGUAGUCAAGUGUUUUUAACAGAAAGUAAGUCUUUUAAGGAUUCUGGCCAGUUUCCAAACAUACGCCAAGAUGGAUGGAUGGAGAUUAAGCUUGGAGAUUUUUAUGUAACCUCAGGAAAUGAAGGUAUGGUUGAAAUACGAUUUUGGAAUAUUGAAAACUUACAUUGGAAGUGGGGUCUCAUUGUUAGGGGGAUUGAUGUUCGACCUGAUUGAGGAAGGAAAUUUAAUGUUCGUUUACGGGAUAACACCCAAAUUCUAGUUACUUUCUUAUAUAAGCUUUGUUUGGCAAUUAGCACUUAGCUAUGAAACUUUAGUGGUUUUGAUUAGCAAUAGAUGCUUUAGUGGUUGUUUGAGUCCCUCCUUGAUGUGUCUAGUUAGAUAUAUAUUCAAAGUUUGAUAUUCUUUUUAUUUAUAAUUCAAGUUUGUUAGUACCAAUUACAAGCUUGGGAUCGGAAGAACUUUUGA